AUAGCUCUAGGGCUGAAACCAGCAAAGCCAACAGAACUGCACAGUGUAGUAGUUGCACAUAGGCGUCCGCGCGUCGUCCUAGCUAUGGAUCCAUAUCACUACCAAACCAUGUAUGACCCACGCGGCUUCCCCAUCAUCCACCCGCAGCCUUACCUCCAGCACCCGGUGGCCGGCGCCCUCGGUGACAGCAGGGUGCGCGGCGGCGGCAGUGGCGCGCGGCGGCGUCCUGGCGCCAAGCUCUCCACGGACCCGCAGAGCGUUGCGGCGCGCGAGCGGCGGCACCGCAUCAGCGACCGCUUCCGCGUGCUCCGCAGCCUCGUCCCCGGCGGCAGCAAGAUGGACACUGUGUCCAUGCUCGAGCAGGCCAUCCACUACGUCAAGUUCCUCAAGACGCAGAUCAGCCUGCAUCAGGCCGCGCUGAUGCAGCACGAGGAAGGAUGCCAUGCUGAGCUCGCCGCCUAUUCCGCGGUGGCGGUGGUUGGUGACAACGAGGUGACACUCGCGUCCCAUGGUCGUACCGGCGCAUGCGACGAGAUGAUGCAGCUCCAGGUGGCGGCGGAGGAAGCUUUGAGUUAUGGUGUUGAUGCCCAUCAGCCGUACGGGCUCGAUCCCAGGCAGCUGAGUGGUGGGCACGAGCUGCCACCGCUGCCUGCUUCUUGCAUCUUCCUCGAGGAGCCUGCAGACGCAUGCUACUCUGUGUGUGACCUCGACGACGGGGACACCGGUCUGCCCGGCUCUUACUAGAGUAGUAGUAGAAGUUUCUUAAGGUAGCAUCCCGUGUGUGUUGGUGUCUGCUAGACGCUAGUACGUCUAAUUAGCAAAGUUUAGCUAGUACUCGAUCAAUUGUCUGUCUAGUUCGCUCAGAGUUAAAGUAUAUGAUGAUGCAUCUGCAUAUAUGGGCUCUGUAAUUCUGUUAUCCGCUGAUCGCAGAUGAUACACCGUAUGUAAUCACAUGUAUGUAUGUUGCCUAGCUACUUCCUCUCGUGUCGAUCAAGAAUCUGAUCUAGCUAGAUG